AUGUCGAUCGCUGAUAAUACCUUUUCGAUGUCGACCAUGUCCGAUGCUUUACCACAUAUCCGUUUCUCUAGAGGAAUCUCCGGCUUCCAUUCCUCCUCCGGGCUUCUACCCACGCGCCUCCGACACGCGCUUAAACCCUCUUUCAACCUAAUGACUAGCGGCGAAGGUUGUCAGAAACAAGCACGGGUCGAGACGCGUGCAGAAGCUCCUCGGGAUAUCAGACGACGUGGACGCGCUCUUCCACGCCGCAUCUUGCGCCGUUUCCUCCACGUCAUGACCGACAAGUACGCGUCCUACGUGGCGAGACGAGCCAUGGCCGUGUUCGACCAGACGAAGAAAUACGCAAUGUACGAGCACAUCUCCACCACGCGCUCGACAUAG